UCUUGGAAAAGGGGUGGCUUUACACUAGUUGUGCUGCUGAUAUGUAUCACAUCUACCUGUGUUGGAUUCUUCAUACAUCAAAACAUCCCGACAGCGGAGCCUACCUUGCGAUUUGUCAGUAUUAUUUACCGCCAUGGAGACACAGCACCUCAGGAAUCCUACCCCCUUGAUCCUUACAAAGGCGAAUCAUUUUGGCCGGAGGGCCUGGGCGUCCUAUUAAAGAAAGGAAAAGUUGGGAUGUACAAGCUGGGAGGUUUUUUGCGACGCCGUUACGAUGGGUUCCUCUCUGCCAAAUAUUCACCGACGGAAACAUACGCCCUCUCAAGCGAUUUUGAUCGGUGUCUCAUGAGUGCAAGUCUUGUUCUAGCGGGACUUUAUCCUCCAGUCGGAGUGCAACUUUGGAAUACAGCUUUGAAGUGGCAGCCGAUCCCUGUUCACACGGCCCCUUUGUCAUGUGAUGACAUUCUUGCUGUCCGUAAACCUUGCCCGCUACUGUCAAAAGUGGAAACAGAAUGGAAAGCAAUCGCUAAACAGAAACUAGAUGAAAAUCAUGAGUUUGUCUCAAACAUUUCAAAGAACACGGGCCAGGAAAUAGAAUCCAUCUACGACAUUUACCAUAUCUAUGAUAAUCUGUUAGUUGCGCAAGAGCAAGGACUCUCUUUGCCAAAGUGGGCACAGGGUGACUCCUGGGAUAGACUGCAAUCACUCGCAAAAAUUGACAACUUACGACUUUUUGCACCACCCGAGAUGAUUAAACUAAAAUCUGGUGUCCUCAUAAAUGAAAUAUUAUCAAAUAUGCUUCGGAAAGCUGAUCCGCAGAGAAACUCUCAGUCCCGAUUGAGUUUGUAUUCAGCACGCGAUCUCGCCUUAGUGUACCUAUGGCGAGGCCUGAAAAUCAAGCCUGAAAUUACUGAAAGACCCUCCUAUGGAGCAGCGCUAAUAAUUGAACUCCAUGAAAUUAGUGACAAAUAUCGAGUGAAGAUCAUGUACAAAAAUAGUUAUUCCGAUGAGAAUUUAACAGUGCUGAAAAUUGAAGGUUGCGGAGACGGCCAGAACGGAGAGAAUGAUGAAAUGUGCGACAUCACAACGUUUACAUCUGCUUCAAUUGGUGCAGUCAUCGAGGAUUUUGACAAAUCAUGCGAAAUCGUGUAAAGAAAUCCUGGCGGUCCGCAUCUGACAUCGAUCAUUAUUAGUCAAAUAAUAAUUCAGUUGCAUGUGUAUUCAAAUAUUUGUUUAAAAAAGAAACGAAAAUAAGAAAAUAAAAAAAACUCGGAAGCAAUACUUGAA